AUGGUAGACACCCUCAGCCGACGAGUCCACUUGCUGAACCUCGUGAAGGUUCAGGUGACAGGAUUUGAGUCCCUACCGAAUUCUUACGCAGAUUGCCCAGACUUCGGCCACAUUCUACGAGCACUUUUAGAUGGUCUAUCCCAAGAUCAUAAGGACUUCCUUGUGGUCAAUGGAUGUCUGUUCUUUAGGAGCAGACUGUGCAUUCCAUGUACAUCCCUCCGUGACUUCCUCACUUAGAAAUGUCACGUAGGAGGUUUAUUCGACCAUUUUGGUUGCAAUAAGACCAUCGCAGCAGUCGAGUACCAAUUCUACUGGCUGACCCUCAAGCGUGAUGUAAGAAACAUCGUCGCUCAGUGUCAAGUGUGCGCACUUGCCAAGUAGGUAAAGUAAAGAAGAAUGUUGGACUCUACACGCCACUUCCAGUGCCGACCUGCCCAUGGGAUGAUGUCAGCAUGGACUUCGUUUUGGGACUCCCACGUAGUGCACGACGACAUGACUCGAUCAUGGUGGUCAUCGAUAGGUUUUCAAAGAUGGCACACUUCGUGCCAUGUUCGAAAACCUUUGACACCUCCAAGGUUGCUAGCCUCUACUUUAGAGACAUUGUGUGCCUCCAAGUCUAUAGUCUCAAACCGUGAUGUAUGAUUUACCAACCACUUCUAGAGGACUCUUUGAAGCUUACUUGGGACUAAGCUCAAGUUCUGCACUGCUUACCAUCCAUAGACUGACAGCUAAAUUGAGGUCGUCAAUCGUAGCUUAGGGAAUCUACUUCGGUCAUUAGUCAGGGAGAGCUUGACCACUUGGGAUCUGAUCAUACCACAUGCCGAGUUUGCCUAUAACUCCUCGACCAAUCAUACCACUAGCAUGAGCACCUUUGAGAUCGCACACGGCUUAGCACCCCGCAAGCCCUAGAUCUAGUACCCCUAGACCCUCAUGUUAGAGUUUUCAAGGAUGGUGUCACAUUUGCCCAUAUUUUAGUCAGUUGCAUCAAGACAUCCAUGAUAGAAUACAGAGUUAGAAUACAUUGUACAAGUAGGCUGCCGAUAUGUAUCGUCGACCUCGGAUCUUCUAGGUGGGAGACCAGGUUAUGGUGAGGAUCAAGCUAGAGCAUUAUGCUCUUGGCUCUGCUAUGAAGCUUCACACUCGUAGCGUCGGCCCAUUUCGUGUUCUUUCCUAGAUAGGCGAGAACGCUUAUGUCAUCGACAUCCUUCCUUCGCAAGGGAUUAGCUCCACAUUCAACGUGACGGAUCUGACAUCACACCAAGCACCACCUCUUUCAUUUGACAUCGAGCCCUCGUCUACCGGCCCCUUCUCUAAGAGAGAGUUUACCAUGGAGUUCACUCCCCUCAUUUUAUCACCUAAUUGGCACGAGCGAGUCGAGGAGAUUCUUCAAGAGGUAA